AGCAAACCUACCAAACUUCCCCAGCUUCUCCAGUUCCUCCCGUACGUAUUUCCGUUGCUCUGACGCUCUCCUGAGCUAGGGGGUCGGGCAGGAGAAAUCGAUUCUUUCCCUCCCCCUAUCCAUUCCUCUUCUCUUACCCAAAGGGGAAUUCGAGUAGGAGUGAAGAGGUGUUGCAGCGGGAGAAGGGAGGAGGCUUCCAAGAUAUCUCAAUCACUGGAAUUGCGUUCCCUUGGACGUGGGAGAGCACAGAGAGUUUCUCUGGCGAUCACUUUCAGCCAGAGGAGGGGCAGUGUGUCCCUGCUGGGCGUUAAGAGGGCAGCAAGAGGGCACAGAGCCUUGAAGGAUCUGCAGUUCUGCCGGAGGCCUUGCUCAAGCAGUUGCUGAAAAGGGUCGGGAGCCCGGAGGUCAAGUGCGUAACCGUAAACUGUCUUGGAGAUUAGAGACGCGGCGAAUUGCGCAGCUAGUGAGAACUUCAGGAAUUUCUCCCUUCCAGUGCUUAGCACCAAGCUUAGCUGGAGCAGCCGUGACUGCUGCAGCAGCAUCCCAGGGCAUCUCUGUAGCUGUCAAUCCUCCGGAGGAGCCGAGGGGAGAGAGAAGGCUUAGGAUGCUCGAGAGAGUUAUCGGUCUGGAAUGAUGCAUCUUUUGCUCAGCCCGAGUAUCUCCUAAAAACAAAACAAACAAACCCCAAUCCCAACCGACUCCAGAGAUGAAGAGGAGGAUUCUGACAACACAAACCAAACUUUAUGACCCCUUUCUGUUCAGAUCAGCUUGACUGAAUCCCUGAGUUCCACGGUAAAUAUCUUUCUACUUGGGGUGAGAACAUGGUAAUAGUCGAUGGGAGAAAGAGAGACUAUCAGUGGUGAGAAGACAGACGUGAAGUGUUCCCCCCCCCCUUCCUUUUUCACGACUCCGGAAGGAUUAUAUAAGGUGGAUCACGGGCUGCCACCAGUCAGCUAGAGGGAAGAACAAAUUACUGUAUUGAGAGGUGGAUUUUUGCCCUUUCCCUUAACCUCCUCUCGUCUUGUGUGCCCAGCAUCCUGCAGUGAAGGUGACUGACCUCCCUGCCAGUUUGUUUCAGUCCUCGCUUGUAGUGCACUUUUUUUUUCCUGGAGGAAAAGGGAGGAUCCAGCUAACGCGAGGAGCUCCCGGGAGGGAGGCGACAGGGACCUGCGAUCAGGUGUUGGGGAGCCCCAUGGAGAAGCCGCGGAGGCGGUACUGUUUGGCAGGGCUGCGGUGGGGAAGCUCUGACAAAGCUCCUGAGACUCCUCUGGUCUUGCAGGUUCAGCUGCUGCUGCCGUUUGCUUUCUCACUUUCCUCGGUCUGAAGGCUACAUCGCUGGCUCCCUGGGCCCCCACUGAACCUUUGGAGCCCACUAAGUCAAGUCUUGCCCUCGCUUGACCGAUUUUACCCUCUGCGCCCCACCCACCCGUGGACACGCGUGGGAGAGACAGGUGUAGCACAUCUUAUCCUAAUGCCUGCCUGCCCCCUGCGGGGAGGACAGCUGAUUUGCUCGGGAGGCCCAGGGACUUGGGAGGGAGGGGGUCUGGAGAUCUAGCUGCAAGGCAGGGUGAGAUUUUGGCUUGGAACCGGGUACGAAUUGGUUCCCCAGAGAGCGCCUAACUCCUGAAGCCCGUCCGAAGGGCUGUUUCUGCGCCACUUUUUCAUUGCUGCUCCUGUAGCCUUCGGGACCCAGCGCAUUUAGGAAGAGGGGAGGUGGUGACAUCACGUCCAGAGAUCGAGGGAGGGAGCUGGAAAACUCCCCCUUCCCCAUUGCUCUUCAUUCCUAGCGUUUCCUGGCUACACCCGCUGUUAAUUUGUGGAUGAAGUUGGUUGGGUCCUCUCUUCCGCGUCUCCCCUGGAGGGUGGCUGCCCUGAUGCCUCCUGCCAGCGGCAGGCCCACAGUACCGGGGACUUAGGGCUGCUGCGUUCCCUGCAGCCACCACCACCGGACUCCAUGCUCCUAGGAGCGUCUUGGUUGUGCGCUUCCAAAGCCGCUGCGGCGCAGAGCGAAGGAGAAGAGGAAAGGCAAGGCGAGAGGAGGAGGAGGCGAGUAGCAGCAGCAGCAGCAGCAGCAGCAGAAGAGAUGGACGAGUCCUCCUUGCUGGAUUUGCUGGAGUGCUCGGUGUGCUUGGAACGUCUGGACACUACUGCCAAGGUGCUCCCGUGCCAACAUACCUUCUGCCGCCGCUGUCUAGAGAGUAUCGUCUGCUCUCGCCACGAGCUGCGCUGCCCCGAGUGUCGCAUCCUGGUGGGCUGUGGGGUGGACGAACUGCCCGCCAACAUCCUGCUAGUCAGGCUGCUGGAUGGCAUCCGCCAGAGACCCCGAGGCAGCGGCGGGGGAGGUGGGAGCAGCAGCUGCAGCAGCAACGGGAAUAGCCCCACGGCCAGAGGUCAUGGUCCUACCCCAGCUGGAGGGGGUGGAGGAGGUGGAGGCAAUGCCCCGGGGUCUCCAGCCUAUCACCCAGCCGCCGCCGCAGCAGCCGCCACGAUCUCCGGGGGCACCAGCGCCGCCGCCAGUCUUCGAGAGCUGGCAGCAGCCAGCAGGAGCGCCCUCCUGGGAAAGAAUAUUUCCCAACUUCCUUGUGGCAAAGCCCUCUAUAGCUAUGAGGGGAAAGAACCUGGUGAUCUCAAGUUUAACAAGGGAGACAUCAUCAUCCUUCGUCGAAAGGUGGAUGAGAACUGGUACCAUGGGGAACUCAAUGGAAACCAUGGCUUCUUCCCUGCCAGCUAUAUUCAGUGCAUCAAGCCCUUACCACAAGCCCCACCCCAGGGCAAAGCACUUUAUGACUUUGAGAUAAAGGAUAAAGAUCAGGACAAGGACUGUUUAACUUUCACCAAGGAUGAAAUCUUGACUGUAAUCAGGAGAGUCGAUGAUAACUGGGCAGAAGGAAUGCUGGGAGAUAAGAUUGGAAUUUUCCCUCUCCUCUACGUGGAGCUCAACGAAUCCGCCAAACAGCUUAUUGAAAUGGACAAGACAUGCUUAGCUGCUGCAUCUGGCUGCGAUGUCUCCUUGCCAUCUGACACCAACAUGGCAGGCAAUCUGGCCCAGUGUUCUACCUUAAGCAGCUCGGGAGCAGUCAGUGCCAUUCAGCGGCGUAUCGAUGGCAAGAAGAAUGCCAAGAAACGCCACUCCUUCACUGCCCUCAGUAUGACGCACAAAUCCUCCCAGGCUAUGAGCAAUAGGCAUUCCAUGGAAAUUAGUGCUCCUGUUUUGAUCAGCUCUAGUGAUCCCCGGGCUGCUACCAGAAUUGGAGAGUUGACUCACCUUUCAUCCAGUGCUCCAGCCCAGGACUCUUCUUCAGCUGGAUCUGCUGCAGUGGCUGGGCCCCGGACAAGUGCAGUUGUUGGAGAACAGGGAACAUCCCCAAAGGUCCAGCUGCCUCUCAAUAUAUACCUAGCACUUUAUGCAUACAAGCCCCAGAAGAAUGAUGAGCUGGAACUGCGAAAGGGGGAGAUGUACAGAGUCAUUGAGAAGUGUCAAGAUGGUUGGUUCAAGGGAACAUCCCUGAGAACUGGAAUCUCUGGAGUCUUCCCAGGAAACUACGUGACUCCUGUCUCUAGGGUUCCUGUAGGAGGAGUUGGGCAGCCUCGAAAUAGUAUUCCUGGAGGGUCUCCGCUGGCUAAAGGGAUGACAGGAGCUGCUCUUCCAGGAGGUGGAAGCCUGACCAACCCGGCCACUACUGUCAGACCCAUUGUUCCACUCACUGCACCUCAGACCCAUCCCCAGCACCAGGCAGCUUCUCCUCCUAUGAGCAAUUGUCUGAGGCAUUCAGCUCAGCAGACAGCCAGCCAGGCUCGAAGUGUCAUGCAGAUAGCUGCCCACCCUCCUGCUCAGUCUCAAGACCGGCCCACUGCGACAGUAUCACCUCUACGUACCCAAAGCUCUCCAUCCCGCAUGCCAGCUACAGGGAUCAGGCCGCACACCAUCGUAUCUCCACAGCACCUCCACCAAUCCCCGAUUCAGGUCGUCUCUGGAGCACAGUGCCCCAGGCCUGUCAUCCCUCUGACAUCAGCAGCCUCGGCCAUCACGCCUCCCAACGUCAGUGCAGCCAACCUGAAUGGAGACAUGGGCAGUGGGCCCAUCAGUAGCUUGUUGACUUCCAGCCCGACCAACACAUCCGGCAAAACAGAGGAGAAAAAGAAUGAAAAGAAAGAGAAGAAAAGUGGACUGUUGAAACUUCUAGCAGGAGCCUCUACCAAAAAGAAGUCUCGCUCACCCCCAUCUGUGUCCCCAACUCAUGACCCCCAGGCGGCAGCAGCUGAGGGAGCUCUCCAGGGUGCUGUGGGACCUGAGGUGUCAUUGCUGUCUAGCCACGGAAGGGCUGGCUCCUGCCCGAUCGAGAGUGAGAUGCAAGGGGCUAUGGGCAUGGAACCACUUCACCGGAAGACUGGCUCCUUGGAUCUGAAUUUCUCCAUCUCCUCCCCAGUCAGGCAGCCUCCUCCUUCCAUGGCAGCCAUCCGACCAGAACCCAAGCCAUUGCCCCGAGAAAGGUACCGAGUGGUGGUCUCCUACCCUCCUCAGAGUGAGGCUGAGAUUGAGCUGAAAGAAGGAGACAUUGUGUUCGUGCACAAGAAGAGGGAGGAUGGCUGGUACAAAGGGACACUGCAGAGGAAUGGGAGGACGGGCCUCUUCCCAGGAAGCUUCGUUGAAAGUUUCUGAUGAGGACUGGCUGCCUUUCUCCCCCUAGCAUCCACCACCAUUCUCCAAACCAAAAGACCUUCCAGAGGAAAUUUCCAUAGCACAAGAAAAGAAAACAAAGGGAGGCUUUCACCGUUCUCCACUGUCACCAUCCCUUCCAAAGACACUCCAAGGCCUUUCUGCUCAAGGCCUGCGGCUGUGCUGCUGUGUUUCUGUAACCAGGGGAUGCCUUGGACCGAGGGGUAGGAAAGGAACCUGGGCUAGACACUAAUUGAGAGAACACAGCUUUGGAUUGUAUUUCAACUCAAAUGCCAACUCCCUUUGUGUAAAUUAGAGAGAAAAUAUCUUUUAAAAAAGAAAAUAAGAAGAAAGUUGAUUUAUUGCUGUCACUUAUUUUGUUGGAGCUGUAGUGCUCUUGGUUCCUGCCUAUGCAAGAUGGAUUUGAGAGGUCCGGGAGGGCUGCUAGGAAGCAUUGAAAACAAGCCACAUUGGUUUGAUGCUUCUUUUGGGAGGAGGUGAUGUGGGUGGAGAAACAUUUAGGGAGAAUUCCCAUUCAGGCAUUGCCCUGGAGGAUCCAGUGGGGAAUCCAAAUUGUUAACGUCACCCUUUCUAUAUACCUCAGUAAUCUGCUGCCUAAUCAUUUCAGCAAGGGUGCUCAGAGAAGGGGAGGUGUUUUUCAUCUGGAGGGGGGAAGGGGGAAAGUUGCAGGACUGCCCUGGGCAGAGCCUCCCCAAAGCUAGAGAUCCUCCAUGUGGCUUUGGGUUGAUUUUUGGGGGGGGAGGGGGCGGGGAAUCCUUUUCUGUGUGUCUCCUCUCAGUAGUAUAUGCAGCAAAUUUUUGUUUUUACCCUCCAGUAUCACCUUUGUUUCUUAUGGCAUACCUUUUUAUGUAAAAGCUAUUAGACUUUAUAUAUUUCUAAUAGGUCAUACAUUUCCUAUUUUUUCAUACAUCUGGUGCUGCCUUUUGGUAAAACUAUGAAUGACUUGGUUUUGCAUAAAAGAAUGUCUGAGGAGAGAGAGAGAGAGAGAGAGAGAGAGAGAGAGAGAGAGAGAGAGACAUCAAACAUGUAGACGUUUUUAUAUUUACCAUAUGAACUUUGGAGCAUACCAACAAGUCCAUGUCCUGGAGAUCAAAACCUAGGCUGACAUUUCCUGGAGCAAGUGAGAGAAUCCAUUUGGGUGGUAGGGGGAGAGGACUUGAAAAAAGCCAAUUUCCUUAAACCCUUACUAAAACCCCAUACUCUGUCUAGACAGUGACAAUUAUUCAAGAAUUGGGAGCAUUUCCAGCAGAAGGGAACCAUUUUAACUGACUUUUACGUGGCAAUAAAAAGAACACUGCAGGUCCACACUGGCCCAAGAUGGUGGAAUUUUCCUCUCAUUCCAUCAGAGGGAAAUGUCAGUGACUGUAAUUAGCAAUUUCAAAGUGUGAGUUCUUACUCUUGAAAAUGUACAGUUCUCAAACAUUGUGCAGAUUCACAGUUUGGUUAAGAUAUCAUUGAAAAUGAACAAUAUCAUUCUCUACCAGGUGGUGCAGACUUCCAUUUACCAGGGACUAAAAGGGGCAGUAAAGGCGAGCAAGUAGAUUCCAUUUUGUGUCACAAACAGGGAAAAGAACUUCUAAUAGUAUUGCUCUGUAGGACUCUGGGGCAGAGGGUAAGGGAAGGGAUUUAAGAAGGGGAAGAUGACAGGAGGUUUUGAUUGCAUUGGGUCUUAAAACAAGUGGUUUUAAGAGAACAGUAUCAAUGAAAAAAAUAUUCGCUUUUCUGUACAUCAUAGAAGCACUGAUUAUAGAUCAGCCAUUUGAGACCACCUGAGUGAUCACAUCUCGAAGGUGGUCUUGUUCUAAAGAGACUCAUUUCCCAAAUGAUACAUUUUCAUCCAUAGAAAGAUAAAAAUCCAUACGUUUCCCCAUCCUUAAAAACAAACACUCUGACUUAGGUUGAACUGCAUAAAUUUGUCCUUGGGAACGUAGGGUUUCCUUGGCUUUCGUGGAUGUGACAAACAAAUUCCAGACAGUCAGCCUCCCGCCAGACAUGGUGCCUUUGAAAUACUGAGCUGUUAUUUUCAGAUCUCAUAUUUUUGGAUGGUUCAGUGGCUAUUUAUUACUGUUGGGUGGUAACCAACACCGAAAGGAUCCUGUUAUUGUCAGGAGGAAGAGGACUUCUUUCCCUCUUUCCAGCUGAUAGCAGAUUUAAGAAAUUUGUUCCUUUAAAAAAAGGGGGGGGCUGGUCUAAAAAUAGAGAGCACUGUCUGUGGAAUUUAUCAAAACCAGCACAUCUCCAUCAGGGAUGAUAAAUUAGUUGACUAGCAAGCAAAAACUGCCAAAAAGGCAUAUGUGUGUAUAUAAAAAUCAUAUCACUAUACAAAAUGUGUAUUGAUUGAUAGAGACACCUAAAUGAUAAACACAAGCAACUCUCUGGUGAAAGCUCUAGUGAUCGAUACUUUCAGAUAAUUCAAAAAACUUACUUUCACCCUUCUCAAAAUCCUAUGAGGAGAGCAGCUAACAAGAAAAGGAAGAAUCUGGUGUGAAUUUCAUUUUCUGUCUCUGCCCCUACCCACGUGAUGCUAAAAAGCUGAAAUAUGGCCAUGAGACUCCAAGCCAGAAAGGAAACCUGGAUGAUUUACACAAUGAAUACUCAAUUAGCCAUGAAAUAACAAUAAAGAGAGUUGAUUAUUCCCAACACCAACAAAUGGGAUAUUUUAUUGGGUGAGGAGGGAGGGAGGAGAAUGGUAAUUGCUGUCUUCAUUUUUAAAAAAUGAAAAAAGAAGGUAAUUUGGUCCCUUGCACACCUCUUGGUAGUCAGUCUCACCUCCAAGAGUCCCAGACCGCAAACUUUAGAAGGAUCUUAAUCUCAUAGGACCAAAGCCAGAGCAUUUGGGGAAGGAGGAAAUACACAACCAGCAUCAGUGUUUUGAGCACAUUUGUGACAGUCCUAGUUAAUGAAAAUUUAAACCACAAAAACAACAACAAAAAACAGGAGCAAAGUGUCAUCUUUUGGGG